ACCUGCACAAUGGUUGAAACAAAUGAAGCCUGCACCCUGAAAAUUCCAUCAAGAUACGCGACGUGGAUGCAUGCUGCAAACGAACCAUGAGCGCGCGCGCCAUGGACGUCCGUACCUGGAUCCCCUGCUCCUGCUGGCUGCUGGCCUUAGUUAUUACAGGCGUGAUCUGCAGUGCCCAGCGCUGCGUCGCACAUGGCGCUGUGCCUGCCCCUGCCCGCUGCCGGCGUAAUAUAUUCCAUUCCCGUUUGCCUCCACUGCACUGCACUCCAUUCCUCCGCAACGUAGCUGGCACAUGGCGGACCGCGGUGCUUUGCGUCUUCUCCGCUGUAAGCCUGCAAUGCCGAGACUGCAUGGCGGGCCGCGCGGUGCAGUUCUGCUAGUGGGUCUGUGAGAGCCUGUUAUUCUGAUCCAGCGGAUGGGCAAGGCGGGUAGGUGGCUCAGAAGCUUCCUGCCGGGCAGGAAGGAGAAGGACAGGGGCAGGGACAAGGCCGGGGCGCUCGGGCCGGCGGCAGAGCCGGACCAGGCAUUGGCGCUGCCGCGGACGAUUACGACGCCGGCGUCGACGCCCGGCGCCAAGGAGAAGAGAAGAUGGAGCUUCCGGCGCCCGGCGGCGUCGCCCGGGUCGUCGAAGGACGCGGCCGCGCAGGGGCGGCUCGCGCCCUACGGGUUCUUGGAGCCGCGGGUGGACCCGGACCAGCACGCCGUGGCGGUGGCCAUCGCCACCGCGGCCGCGGCCGAGGCGGCGAUGGCGGCCAAGCAGGCCGCCGCGGCCGUCUUCCGGCUCCCGGCGUCCGCGCCGGGGUCCAAGCGGACCGUCAUCGGCAUUGAGGAGGCCGCGGCGAUCAAGAUCCAGUCCAUCUUCAGAUCCUACCUGGCGAGGAAGGCGUUGUGCGCGCUGAGGGGGCUAGUCAAGCUGCAGGCGCUGGUGCGCGGCCACCUCGUGCGGCGGCAGGCGAGCCACACCCUGCGCUGCAUGCAGGCGCUCGUCGCCGCUCAGAACAGGGCUUGCGCGGCGCGCCUCCGGCUCCUCGAGGACGAGAAGCCGAUCCGGACGCCGCGGACGACGCCGAGCCGGCGCUCUCCGCACCACCACCGCUUCCGGCACCAGCAGGAGAUGGAGGACAACGUCAAGAUCGUGGAGGUGGACACAGGCGGCGGCGGCGUGCACGGCACGCCCAUGACAUCCCGGCGCAGCAGCUGCUACGCGACGCCUCUGUGCCGCACGCCGUCCCAGAACGAACUGUACCAGAAGAUCUCGCCGACGCCCUCGGCGCUGACCGACGCCAGCGCACGCACAUACAGCGGCCGCUACGACGACUUCUCCUUCGCCACCGCGCGGACCAGCCCCUACCACUACCCGACGUCAAGGCAGGAGCACUACCACGCGGGCGCGGACAGGCCGGCGUCCCACGCCGCCGACCACCCGCUCUUCUUCCCCAGCUACAUGGCCAACACGGAGUCGUCGCGGGCCAAGGCGCGGUCGCAGAGCGCGCCACGGCAGCGGCCCUCGCUGUCGUCCGCCGCAGCCGAGGUGCCGUGGGAGAGGCAGCUGAGCGGCCGGCGCAGGACGUCGAUGGAGGGGCAAGCGCAAGCGCGCGGGCCGGUGCCGAAGUGCGGCCCCGUGCGCGUGCAGCGGUGCUCGUCGCAGGCGAGUGCGCCCCCGGCAUGCCCCUGGGGCGCGAGGCUGGACAGGUGGAGCGCGUCGGUCCACGACAGCGAGUGCAGAUCGACGAGCACCGUGAUGACAGCCGCCACCACCACGUACCGCUGGUCGCUGGCCACGGAUAACGCCGGCAUGGCAUGACGACCUCGCUGACUGGCACUCUACCUCACAUGGUUUCUGAAGCAGGAAGAGAAAAUGCUGCUGUGUGCCUGUAGGGACAACAGGUUGCUGCUGAGUACUGAAUUUUGUGUGACCUAGUUAACAGUAGAGGAAGCUGGGCUCGAACUCUGCAAGUUUCUGUAAUCUGCAUAAGUGAUGUUACUAGGAUUUGGUGACACCUUGGUGUUUUUUUGCGUGCCAAGAAUCAAACACAGGACUCUUUUCGUAAGAACUUCUAUUUCUCUCGGCGAUCUGCUGUGAUAUUCGAAUCUGUCAAGUCCUGGUCGUUUCGGACUCAGCUGAAGCAGGAAAAAUCAAAGAAGUUUCAGUGUCUUGUUGCUAUUUUUUCAAAGAACUCGA